AUGAUUCUGGCCUAUGCUCUUCUUACUAUUUUCGCAUUUGUUAGACUUGGUUACUGCUUAACCUGUGCCAAUGGUGGACAAGUUGUAGCCCUUGGUUGCACUAAUUCCCUACAAUGUGCCCCCUACACAAGAGCACCUGUAGCUUGCAUUAGUUCACAGUGCUGCACUGUUCCUCAUACUUGUCCUAAUCUGUGUCGACCACUGGCUCUUGGCUGCACCAGUGCCGUGCAAUGCUUACCAUACGCUGGAACCUCUUUGGGAAUUACUUGCAUUAACGGAAUGUGCUGUCCAGUAUAA